CACACACACACACACACACACACACACACACACACACACUCUCUCUCUCUCACACAUGCACACACACACUCUCUCUGUGGGGGGUUCCUCCAGGUACAGGACACUGCACACACACACCUUUUUUUUUUUUUUUAACUUUGGGACAAUUUGGAAUAGUCGAUAAUUGGAUAAUUAUUGGGGUGUUUUAGGGAGGAGGGAGGAAACCGGAGAACCCUGAGGAAACCCACAUGGACAUGGGGGACAAACAAGUACAGAAACUCAUUGUAUUUGGCCAACACUACUCACUGCACCAUCCUGCCUCCUUUAAGUUUUUAUUCAGGGGUCAAAUUUCACUCAUGUGGAUGUAAAAAAAUAUUACAAAUAUUUGUAUUUAUGUUUUAUGUUUUAAAAUGUAUUUACGUUUUUAUAAUACUUCCCUAAGAAUGUCAGUAAAAAUAAAUGAACAACAACAAAGUUAACGAACUCAGUCAGGCUUUUAUUAUCGGACUCUUAGUAUUGAACCUCUUUCCCUUCAUACUUACUGACCAAUUAGCAGCUUGUGAGUAUACAACUAGCCAAUCACAGCGCAGGAGGCGGGGUUUGUUCUCUUUUUUUCUGUGUACGUGUGGAGAGAAACAUUCGCCGCCCGGAAGUACACUGAAUCGAGUGCCUCUCACUUUCACAAUGAGCUUUCAAAGUUCAGUCCUCCAAAGCAAGGGAAGACUUUUGUUACAGGUGUUAAAAUACGGCUCGCGCGGAGAACAAACCUAUUUUUAUCCAUCACUUCCGGCAAAGAGGCUGCACACACACCUGGUUUUGCGAUGCACGCGCACAGGAGAGUCGCGGAGGUCAUAUUAUAUCACCACACCGAUCUUCUACGUGAACGCGGCGCCUCACAUCGGACACGUUUAUUCCGCCGUGACAGCCGACUGUUUACACCGAUACCAACUCCUACAGGGGGUUAACUCCAGGUUUGCUACAGGUACCGACGAGCACGGGCUGAAGAUCCAGCAGGCGGCCAGCGCCGCCGGUAAAGAGCCGCUGCUUUUCUGCACCGAGGUGUCAGGCAGGUUUCGCGACGUGUUCCGGAGCUGUAAUAUCGCAUACACCGACUUUGUGCGGACGACGGAGGACAGACACAGACGGGCGGUGGAACAUUUCUGGGCCAAGCUGCUGGAUAAAGGCUUCAUCUAUAAAGGCACUUAUGAAGGCUGGUACUCCACACCAGACGAGAGCUUUCUCGCACCCGGCCAAGUGACCGAGAGCACAGACUCCACGGGCAGAGAGAUCAAAAUCUCCACCGAGAGCGGACAUAAGGUGGAGUGGAUGAAGGAGCACAACUACCUGUUCCGCCUCUCCGAUUUCCGAACCAGUCUUCAGGAGUGGUUAAGGUCAAACCCCAAAGCCAUUCAGCCGGAGAAGUUUUACCAUCUUGUCCUUCAGUGGUUGGAGACCGAGCUACCCGAUUUAUCAGUGUCGCGUCAGAGAAGCCGUCUGCAGUGGGGCAUCCCGGUUCCUGGAGAUCCUGAACAAACGAUCUACGUGUGGCUGGACGCUCUGGUGAACUACCUGACUGUUGCGGGUUAUCCAGAGAAAUACUCGCAGUGGUGGAACGUCGUCCAUCACGUCGUAGGCAAAGAUAUUUUGAAGUUCCACGCCAUAUACUGGCCAGCGUUUCUUAUGGCUGCGGAACUGCCCCUCCCUCAGGCCAUAUACGUGCACUCCCAUUGGACGGUGCAGGGAAAGAAGAUGUCCAAGAGUCUCGGAAACGUAGUAGAUCCGCUCGAGAGCUCGGAAAGGUUCACGGUGGACGGGCUGAGGUAUUUUCUACUCAGGCAAGGGGUCCCAGAUAUUGACUGCGACUACGACGACGACAAGGUGGUGAAGUUGUGCAACAGCGAGCUGGCCGAUUCUCUCGGCGGUCUUCUCAACCGCUGCGCCGCACCCUCACUCAACCCGGAGCAGGUUUAUCCUCCGUUCUGCAGCGCCUCCUUUCCAAAAGAGUCCGGCGGAAGAGCCGUGUCGGAGGAUUACAAACUGGUGGAGGCCGUUUCAGGGCUUCCCGCUUCGGUGAAGCAGAACUUUGACCAGCUGCGCAUGUAUAAAGCACUGGAAGCCAUCAGUGCGUGCGUACGUCUGACCAACAGCUUCGUCCAGCGACACGCGCCAUGGAAGCUCGACCGCACUGACCCCGAGGAUAAACUCUGGCAUGACACCAUACUGCAUGUGUCUAUGGAGUGUCUCAGGAUCUACGGCAUUCUCCUGCAGCCCGCCGUGCCUGUCGUAGCAGAUAAAAUCCUGUCCAGGCUGGGGGUCAGGUCCGACGAGAGGAGCUGGGAUAACGCACUCGACUUCCUGUCCAAGUAUGAAGGAAAACACUGUCCUUACGAAGGAAGAGCGCUAGGUCCAGACACUGGCGUGCUUUACAAUCGUAUUGAGAGGAGCAAACCGAACCAAAAAGCAGAAAAAUGACCAAAAAAAAAAAAACACAACAACCCAAGGUCUAAGUAAAGGAAAGAUUCGAAUGUCUCGCCGUGUAUUUUGAGGAAAAGAAUUGUAUUGUAAAAGUUUAAAAACCUGAAAAUAAACUGAGCACUAGAGGUGGACUGGAGGAAAGCGUAUCUGCUGGUAAACAAUUGCAGUGCACAUGCAAUCAAAUGUGAUGACUACUGAGAGUCCUAAACGUACUGAUAGUUCAGCACACACCAUUUUCCCUAAACGUAGUCGAUCAGCCAAGACGUGUUCCGCGUCGAACGCUUGCUUCGCUUUUCUACCGGAACGUCUAAAUGCACACCGUUCUCACACGCAUUCACAUCUCGGGCUAAUUUAGAGUCACCGCUCCAUCUACCGGAUGUUUCUGGGAGGUGGGAGGAAACCGGAGAACCCUGAGGAAACCUGUACAAACAUGUUCAUGUUACAAACCGUAAGAAUCUUAAUAACGAUUAGAAACUUUGCUUGGACGCGUCACGUCAGAUUGUUUGAUCUUUAAACUUGUAAGACGUUACAGAUCUUUUCCUCCAGCUUUUCAGUGUGAAAGUCCAUGAAAUUUCCACGACGUUGGUUUUAAAACGCAUCAUUACCGUUUCACUGGCACUUCGAUAGCAAACCUAUACAUCGUCGUACGCAUCGAAACGUCUUUAAAUAUAAUCGCCAUAUUGCCCAAAUCCUACUGGUAAGCAAGGAUUGUUUCUAGCUACUGGUCAGUUUACCAUCAAGCAGACUCCUACCUCAUAAAAGAGCAGAAUAACCAGUAUUUCAGAUCUAUUAACAUCCAGUCAUGUAUAAAUCUACCGUUAUGAUUUGGGCAGCGCUUCCUGCCGGAGCCUGACGUUUGUGUGAUGCAAAACUACGAGAAAGAAUCCGAUUUGGCUUCAAGAUACUACUGUUUUUGGUUCCAAGUACGUACGGUCACCUGGGUAACGAUUUAGGUAUGCGGUUUGCACACUGCUAACCCCCGUAGCUAUAAGCGUUCCUUAUUUGUUAGCGAGAUUAGCAUCGUCUCCACUAGAGAUAAGAAAGGAGCAAACGUCCGGCGUGAAAUCUAUCCAUCUAUCGAUCUAUUUUCUGGAUAAACGUGUAUUAUAAUGAUUGUUGUACUACAGUGUGUUGGUGGAGAGGUGUGUGGGGUGUGUGUGAAUUCAGUCAUGAUGCCUUAUUAUUAUUAUUUAUAUUAGUUUGUGAUAAAUCCACUUUUCAGAGUCUGGGACAAGAUCUAAAAAUUGACACGACUUUUUUUUUUUAAUGAGAAUACACGAAACUGAAAAAUUGUACAAAGUAAAAUAAAAUAAAAAACACUGCAUUACUCUCAUCAUUUCGUGUUUUUUUUUGUGUUGUGUUGUGUGUGUUGGUUUUUUUUUUUUUUUU